UUGAAUCGCAGUAUGUUUAACCGUCAGCUCCUCCACACAUCCUUCAGAAACUUAACGUGUGUGUUGGGUUUUCUCUUAUAUUACGGAAUAGAAUAUAACAAAAACAUGGAUUUGGACUCUAUGAAAUAUGCGGAGCUGAGAAUCACCGCUAAGGAGCUCGGGCUUAAAGGGAAUAUGAAGGCUGAAAAACUCCUGAAAGCGAUCAAGCAGCAUUAUCGUCAAGAAAAGGACAAAGAGGAGGAAGUGCAGGAGCAGGAGAAAGAUGUCGCUGCUGCUGCUGAAGAAGAUGAAGCUGUGACACAGGACAGUGUUCAGGAUGAUGAAGAGUCAGCGUGUGAGGAAGAGGUUCCCUGCCCCACUGUGUUUGUGAACACACGUCGGGGCAAAGGAAACGGUAACCAAGAGAAAACUCGUGUUGACACUGAUGUGGCUUCAUCUGCUGCACCCUGUGGGGCUCGGGGGGCUAAGAAGAGGAAAGUGUCCUCUGCCAAGGACUCUGAACAAAGUGAGACCGCGCCUCCUCAGGAGCCCCAGACCUCUGAGGAAAAAGCUCCGAAAGUGGCCAAAGUCGGUAAAAUCCCUCGACUGCAGGCUAAGAAAAAGCUGAUGUUGAACCCUGUCACUCCUAACUUCAAGAAACUCCACGAGGCAAAUUUCAGCAAGAUGGAGUCCAUUGACUCUUAUGUCCAGAGAAAAAACAAACAGACGGAGUCUCUUAGGAGCUCAAGCAAGGAACUGAAGACUCUGUCAGACAAAACUAUACCGCAGCAAGUUGAUGCCAAAACUAAAGUGAAGGCGAGCGAGAGUCGCGCCUCCAUGUUCAGCCCCAUCCUGCCGAAUAAGAAACCAGCGGAGGACAAACGCAGGAACACUGUGCUCUCUGCCAGUAAAGCCAAAGCUGCAGGGAAGGAAGCGGCUCUGUUCAGACCGUCUGUCCUCUCCACGCGCAGGAUCAACGUUCGGUUCUCAGAAGCCACUCGUGACAAUGAGAAUAAGAAAUCUCUGGUGAAGACGCCGGCGCGCAGGACUCUCUGCGUGACCUCGAGCACGCCUAAAAAACCCACCACCGCUGAGGAGAGAAGCCCAAAGCCGGCAAGACUUUCUCUGCCACAAAACACUUCAGGAGCGUUUGUUUUCACGGGCAACACGAGUGCUUUGGUUACCCCCGGGAACCAGAAGAAGCCGACCUUUGACCUGAAGGCCAGUCUGUCUCGUGCCCUCGCCUACAAGCCCCACUCAGGUAAACUGAAGCCGCUCGGAGACGCCAACGAAAACCCGGCAGCAAACAAGUCGCUGAUCUCAAACUCUCAUCAGAAAAACUACAAACAGCACCAGGUCCAGACACGGGGGGACAGGAGAGGGAAACACGAGGAAGGCAGGAAGCAGAAGAAAGAGAAUCUGCUCGGGGCCAGAAGAGGCCUCGUCAUGAUGUGAAAAAAAUAUCCCGCUUGUUUGUAUACGUUUUGUACAGCUUGUUGUCCACUGUAAAUAUUUAGUUUUCUGCAGCUCACGCUCCUUUUAGCCCGCUGUUAGGAAGCUCUAAUCCUCUGCUUCUAGAUUACCUAAUGUGUUUCUGAUCUGAUGGCGUAGUUUACAGCUCUUAAUGAUGCUUUUAUUAAUUGACACCGUUGUACUUUUGUUCUUAAAAAUUAGAUUUGCCUUGUUUUAUACAUUCUUUUGGGAAACGACUGAUAAAAGACUGAUACUAAUUA